GUCAGCGCCGUCCUUUGUGCCUCAAAUUUCAACCUCUGUCUGAGUCUUCCCCUCUUUGCUCUCAAAUUUCAACUUCCUUCUAUUGGCCCAAAAAACACAAAAAGCACCAAAAAACCACAACAAAAUCAUUCUCUCUUUUUCUUUCUAUUUUUUUCCUUUCCUUUUUUUCUCCCUCUUCUGAAAAUGAGUAAUGAGGAGGAUUGGGAUCUCUUUGCCAUAGUUAGAAGCUGCAAAGCUGCAAACAACACUGCACAAACUCCACAAGACACAACAAGAACUAGUAGUAAUAGCAUCAUGUCUACUUCUACAACUUGCUUGGCCACUACUACUAUCACUGCAGAACAAAAUGAUGGUCCAUUUUCUUCUAACAAUUUUGUGCAACCCAGGACCAAUGGUUUCCAAGAGUUAGAACAAUUGCUCAAUACCUUUAACCCCACCAUCACCACCACCACCACUACCACUAGUGCCCAUGGCAUCAAUUCUAAUAAUCCUCUCACUUUUCCUCAUUUCACAGCACCGCCAUCCACCCUUGGAGCCUCCACUUCUGGUUUUGAUGAUAGAUUCCACCACCACCAACAACAUCAACAAAAGCAGCAUAAUCUACUACAGGUUCAAGUUCCCCAAACUAGUACAACUACUUCUCUGACUUUAUUACCAAGCUCAGAAUCACAAUCACAAUCACAAACGCAAACACCCAGAUCAAGAAAAAGAAAAAGCCAACAGAAAAAAAUGGUAUGCCAUGUAACCGCAGAUAACCUCUCAUCAGAUUUGUGGGCAUGGCGUAAAUAUGGCCAAAAACCCAUCAAGGGUUCCCCAUAUCCAAGAAACUAUUACAGAUGCAGCAGCUGCAAGGGUUGUGUAGCAAGAAAGCAAGUAGAGCGAAGCUUAUCAGACCCCACCAUGUUUGUUGUAACUUACACCGGAGAACACAAGCACGCUAAACCGGCUCACCGGAACUCACUCGCCGGAAGUACCCGGAAACCAUCCACGCCUCGGUUAGCUGAGACCCAAGAAAAUAAUGAUACUAAGAAUCCUAAUAAUAAUAACAAAAAUAAUAGUCAUGAUGAGAAGGCUCAGAAUAGCAGCACCACAACGAAAGAGCAGAACGCUGAACCGCCGGAAAUUGAACAAGAAAUGGAUGAUUCUUCAUGUGAAGACAGUGAUGAUGAUGGUGUCUUGAUUCCCAACAGCACUGCUGCAAUGUCGGAUGCAGUGUUCUUGGGAAGCAGCUCCGCCGCUGAAACAUGGCACUGCGACGGUGGAUUUGAGAAUAGGUCCGAUCCGGACGGUCCAAGUAAUCGGAUCUAAGGUUUGUUUUGAACCGGUUUAUGAUAUAACCGGUUCAGCACCGGUUGGAAUAUCUCUGUCCGGUCCAAAAUCCUAUGAAGCAUAAUAGCUUCUUUUUUGGGUGGCUACUAAUCUACUAUUAGUCUAUUGCCAUUUGUAAACAUAAUAUCUAAACAAAAUUAGUUUGUGUAACAAAAAAAUCACUCACCAAAUUAGUUUUACUAAUUUUGUGACUAAUUUUUUUAUAUACACAUAAUAAUAUAAUUAAUAUCUAAAAUGUACACAUAUAUUAUAUUA